AUGAUUCCCGCCAGACCUCUCAUCCGUUCGACCCUCCCUCGAACUGCGCGCGCUGUCCGCAUCCCUCGCCAGCAGCAGCUUCGCUUCCAGUCUACCACUGCCUCAUCAUCAUCAUCAGCAGGGGCCAGCGGAAGCAGCUCACACUUCGGCGCUGGCAUUGCCGGUGGUCUCGCCGGAGCCGGUCUCUUCUACGCCAUCUACUCCUUCACACCUGCCGGCCGCACCGCUUCCAAGGUCAACAAGGCUGCCAAGGAGGCCGAGAAGAAGUACCAGCUGGCCGCGAAGAAGCUGCAAGAGAACACUCCUUCCCCCGACCAAGCCAUCGACUCCAUUAAGCAAUUCGCCUACUCCUACGUCGGCUGGAUCCCCGGCGGCCGCGCCUACGUCGACACCGCCUUCAACGACUUCGAGACCGUCCGCAAGAACCACAAGGAAGAGGCCGACGAGCUCAUCAACGAUGCCUACAAGCAGUUCCAGGACGUCGCCAAGGCCGGUCUGAGCCUCGAGGCUUUCCACAAGGCGUACGAGGUGCUCGCCGAUCUGUCCAAGAAGAUCGCUAGCCUGUCUGGCGAUGCCAUCUCCGACAUCGUUGACAACCACCCCGAGUUGAAGGAGAAGUUCGGCGGCAACAUCGAUCAGCUGAAGCAGAUGGGAGAGCAGUACGGCCCCGAGGCGAAGAAGCAGGUCGACGAGACGUGGAAGCAGAUCAAGGAUGUUCUCGCCGGAGGCCUCACCGCCAGCAACUUUGAGAAGGCUCGCAAGUUGAUCGAGGACAAGAUCCAGCAGGUCCGUAAGCUCGGCGACGAGGCAUGGAAGAAGGCGUUGGAGGAGGCCAAGCCCUACCUCGACAAGAACCCCAAGGUCAAGGAGCUCGUCGAGAAGAACGCCGAUGCUUUGAAGCAGGGUAACGCGAAGGAACUCUUCGAGAAGGCCAAGUCCGCGGUUGACUCAGGCGACUUGGGUGGUCUGGAGAAGUACGUCGGCGAUGCCGUGGACAAGGCCAAGUCGAAGGGCUCUCAGCUGGGUGGAAGCUUCGGCGGUCUGGACCAGUACUUCAAGAUGAUCCCCGAUGGCGAUCAGAUCAUCCCUAAGUUGAAGCAGCUUCGCGAGGUUGCCGACAAGCACAAGGACGAGGGCGAGAAGCUCUUCAAGGAGACUUUGGAGGAGGUCAAGAAGGUUCUGGAGGCCAAGGGAAAGAAGGCAGAGGAGAUUGCCAACAGCGCCAAGAAGGAGGCCAAAUAA